AAAAGGUAAACCAGUUGAUAAAGUAGGUCAUUCACUGUUUACUUUAAACAAGGAAUUUAAUUCAAAAUGAGUUACAAAGUCACUGUCCUCUGCGUCGCUUUCCUAGUCCAGUGCAUAUCUGGUGAAAACUGCGGUUGCAUCACAUCGCCCAACAACGGCGGCCUCUUAACAGUGAACAGCAACGGCCCCAUCAUUCCCUCCGGCCUCGCUCUAGGCGCGGAGCUAGCCCUCGCCGGGGACUUAGACCUCUCCGGAGCUUUGCCGUUCCUGAGCGCCGUGGCGUUCGAAGGCCAGUACCCGACUAGCGGGUCAGCGGCGGUGUCUUACGGUUGCGGGGACUGCGUGGCGAUCACGCAGGAGCGCGGGAACCCGAGCGGGAACAAUGCCAACGUCAACUCCGGCUCCCCGUACAUUAGCACGUGUGGUUGUAGACGUUCUUAAAUUAUACUUAGAUGUAUCAUAUUUAUAGUAAUAAAAUUACUUUUUAUUAUUUCAA